AUAUUGAACAGCUUAGGCCGGGGCAGAACUACGCGCCCGGAUGGGGGGAACAUCCGUUGGCGGCGCGAAGGGGGCCGGCGAGGCGAGAGCGCCUCAGGGGCAGUUGGCCGCGACCACGACGAGCUUAGAGGCCGCAGCACGCCUGGCAGUCUGCUAGCCCGGCGCUCGACAGACCUCUCUCAUCACACGCGUCAGGAUCCGAGUGCCCAACCAAUACACAAGGCGAACAAAAUCCCUCAGAGUGCCCUUCCAAUACGGCGCAGAACUGGCCAGCCGCGCACGGGGCGCCGUCAUUGCACGCCAGAAUUGUAGGGCAUGUCUCGUCGAUUUUCCCCAUCGCGUGCGCGACCGGCGCGACGGACGAGAAGAGGAGCGCGACGGCGCAGAUGAUAGUCU